CCAACGUCUGUUAAUGACACGCGUUCUCUCCUUAUACAACAACACGCAGUAAAUACUGGCCUCUUUAUUAACAACGAGUUUGUUGAAUCGAAAAAUGGAAAACGGUUUGAAACCAUCAAUCCUUCAACGGGCAAAAAAAUUACAACUGUCGCCGAAGCGUCCGCAGAGGAUGUCGACCAUGCUGUUGACGUCGCCACGCACGCGUUCGAGAACGUUUGGAAGAAUGUUCCCAGUGAACAACGCGGACGUUUGUUGUACAAAUUGGCAGAACUCAUGAGAAGAGAUUUGGAAACCAUUGCAGCAAUCGAAGCGUUGGAUAACGGAAAGGCGUUUGAAAUUGCAAAGAAAUCUGACUUACCUGCGGCUAUCGGGGCGUUUGAAUAUUUUGCCGGAUUUGCCGAAAAGUUGAAUGGUGAUGUGGUUGAUACUCCCAAUGAGAGGUUGGUGUAUACGAGAAGAGAACCGAUCGGUGUGGUCGGCGCUAUUACACCGUUCAAUUUCCCAAUUAUGAUGGUUGCUUGGAAAUUGGCACCUGCGCUUAUUACGGGCAAUGUGGUUGUUCUCAAAGUUGCCGAACAGACACCGUUGAGUGCUUUAUAUCUUGCCGGAUUAAUCAAAGAAGCAGGAUUUCCUCCGGGAGUUGUCAAUAUUUUGACUGGAUGGCCUGAUGUAGGCAAAGCCAUUGCCAGUCACAUGAAGAUAGGAAAAGUCGCGUUUACUGGCUCUACUGAAGCCGGUAGAAGUGUCCUCAAGGCUGCUUCUGAAAGUAACUUAAAAAAAGUAACUCUUGAACUUGGUGGUAAAUCCCCAAACAUUAUUUUUGCCGAUGCCGAACUUGAAAAGGCUGUUGAAUGGGCACACAAUGGAAUUUUUUUCAAUCAUGGACAAUGUUGCUGUGCUGGAUCGCGUGUAUAUGUUGAAGAAAGUGUCUUUGAAAAGUUUGUGGAAAAGUUUAAAGAACAUGCGGGUAAAAUAAAAAUCGGAGAUCCAUUCAAGCCGGAUACGUACCAAGGGCCACAAGUAUCUAAAGAGCAGUUUGACAGUGUCAUGUCAUAUAUUGAAUCGGGAAAGUCAGAAGGUGCUAAGUUGGUGAUGGGAGGUCACCGACACGGCGAUCAUGGCUAUUAUGUCGAACCAACCAUUUUCACUGAUGUCAACGAGUCUAUGAAAAUUAUGAAAGAAGAAAUAUUCGGACCAGUUGUUGCAAUCGACAAGUUCAAAAGUAUUGAUGAGGUUAUUGAACGAGCGCAUUUAACUCACUAUGGUCUUGCAGCCGCUGUGUUUACGAAAGAUAUAUCCAAGGCCUUCUUGAUUGCAAACAAAUUGAAGGCUGGUACAGUUUGGGACCCUUCGGCGGAUACAAAGAAUCCGGCCUUGGAAGAGAAGGCGGAAAUAGUCAUGGAAAGGCUACCAGGAAACCAGAUAUACAACAUCGGUGAACGUCCUUAUUAUGGUUCAAGCCCUACGAGUACGGAUUACGACAGCCAGUUUCUUGGUUCAGGCGUGCCACUUGUGGUCGAUGUCGGAUCAUACCAAUGCCGAGUAGGAUGGGCUACUGAAAAUUCACCGCGAUUACAAUUUGACACUCUCGUAUCAAAAUAUCGAGACCGUAAACUCAAUUCCAAUAUAUUGCUCGUGGGUAACGAUAUAUACGCUGACGUAACGGCGAGGUCUAAUUCUAAAUCUCCUUUUGAUGGGAACAUUAUCUCAAACUUUGAAACCAUGGAGUGUAUAAUGGAUUAUAUAUUCGUAAAGCUCGGCAUUUCUACCGGCCGUGUUGAACAUCCGAUAUUGAUGACCGAGCCCGUUUGUAAUCCUCACCACUCGAGAAAACAAAUGUCGGAACUUCUUUUCGAAUGUUAUCAAGUACCAUCGGUUUGCUACGGUAUUGAUGCCUUGUUUAGCUUCCACGCGAAUGAGUUGUCCUUUGAUAAGGGUGGAAUAGUAUUGUCAUUAAGGCAUAGUACUACCCAUAUUCUACCUGUAUAUAAUGGACGCGGAGUAUUGGAACAUGCGAAAAGGUAUUUCUGUUCUGUCAAUAUUUGGGAUGGAAUUUCCUAUGGAGGAGUAACCUCGACUGACUUUAUGCUGAGACUGAUGCAAUUGAAAUACCCAACCUUUCCAACAAAAAUGACGCAUACACAAGCUCAGCAUUUGGUACAGAAUUAUACGUAUGUAGCUGAAGACUAUUUCGAAGAAUUAAAGGAAUUCGCAAAACCAGAAUCGUUUUCAGAGAGGGAUUGUGUUAUUCAAUUCCCAUACGUAGCACCGGUGACCGAGAAAACGGAAGAAGAAGUAGCACGCGCAGAAGAGAGGAAACAGGAACAAUCACGAAGACUGAAAGAACAGGCAGAGAAGCUGAGAAUGAAAAAGUUGAAAGAGAAGGAAGACGAAUUGGAGUAUUACACGCACUUGAGAGAGAGCAGGUCAACGUUACGUAGAUCAGAAUUUCUUGCUCGACUAAAAGAAGACAGAAUAAAUGAUGAGAACGAAUUAGACGAUAUUAUUAAGAAAAUUGAAAAAGCCAUACAAAGAGCACGCAACAAAUUACUCGGAAUUGAUGAAGUCGAAAUCAAGGAAGAACCGACAUUCCCGUUAGUAGAUAUACCAGACAGUCAAUUAAGCGAAGCUGAAAGAAAGGAGAAAAGAAAGCAAUUGGCUGCAAAGAGUUUACAUGAAUCGCGACAGCGACAGCGGGAAGCCAAAGAACUGGCUAGAAAACAACAGGAAGAGGAAGAACGAUUGGAACGAGAAAGACGAGACAAGGAUUUGACGGGAUGGUUGAAUAAUGUGAAGACUAAUUAUGCGAACCAAUUAGAUAAAGUCAAAAUAUUAAGACGCCGAAAGGAACAGCUAGCAGACAGAAGGAGCCAUGCAUCACAAUUGCGAAUGAAAUCGAUUGCUAGUUUGGCAAGUGACACUCUACCACAGAAACGACGCCGGCGAGGACAAGACGAGGACACGUUUGGAAUGGACGACAACGAUUGGGAAAUCUAUAAGGAAAUUUCUCGUGAAGAAGAUGCUUGGGAGGAGGAAGAAGAGCUAACCACGCUUCGCGAGCUUGAAGCCAAACUCUUGCAAUACGACUCCACUUUCCUUCUCGAGCAUACCUUUGACGCCCAGAAUUCCGUACAAAACUCCCUCGUAUUUAUGUUCACGCAUGGUGUCUGGCCUCCAUACGAUGCAGAUGACGUAUCGCAACUGCAUCAAUUGCACGUGAACAUUGAGAGAAUCAGAGUACCUGAGGCGAUGUUUCAGCCCAGUAUUAUUGGAUUGGACCAAGCCGGAUUAGUGGAGACUGUGUCAAAUGUUGUUAGUAGAUUUAAGGAAGAAGAAAUGAAGACAAUGGUUCAGUCGGUUUUCCUAACAGGCGGCCACACACAGAUCCCGGGAUUAUCAAAACGCUUAGAGAUAUCUCUUAGAUCCGUUCUUCCGGCAGGUGCAGCACUUCAGAUUAUUCCGGCAAAGGAUCCGGUCGUAGACGCAUGGCGGGGAGCAGCUCUCUGGGCGAAAACAGCUGAGUUUAAACAGAACGUAGUUAGUAUUCAGGAUUACCAGGAGUAUGGUGGCGAAUAUUUGAAAGAGCACCGAUUCGGAAAUGUCUACAGGAAGUGA